AUGGACCAUAUGAUGUAUAUGAUGGAACUGUAUUCGGCAGACCUGGAGGCCCAAAUACAAGCGCGGACAGAUGAACUAGAAGAAGAAAAGCGGAAAACUGAAGCCCUCAUCGCGAAGAUGCUACCACUAUCCGUGGCUCAGGCUCUGGUUGCCGGUGAGUCCGUGGAUCCCGAGGCCUUCGACGAAGUGACUAUUUACUUUAGUGACAUUGUCGGAUUCUCCGCCAUCUCUGCAAGGUCUACUCCGCUGCAAAUAGUCAAACUCUUGAACGGUCUUUACUCAGUUUUUGAUGCGAACAUUGAGAGGUUUGAUGUUUACAAAGUUGAAACUAUUGGUGAUGCAUAUAUGGUGGCCUCUGGUUUGCCGAUACGCAAUGGACGAAAUCAUGCUGGUGAGAUCGCGAACAUGGCCCUGGAGAUGCUAAGCAUAAGCGGACUUUUUGUUAUUCCCUAUUUGCCAACCAUUCCUAUCCUCAUGCGCAUUGGUAUUCACUCAGGUGUGUUGCAAUUGUGGUACAACUCAAAGCUCAACGUUUGCCUUCCCAUCCCCACCUUCACAUUUAAAGCUUUGCGCAUCCAUGUGAGCCCAGCGACAAAAGUGAUCUUGGACGAGUUGGGCGGCUACAAGUUCGAAUACCGCGGCAAAGUGAGCUUAAAAGGUAGAGGAGAAGUUGAAACCUACUGGCUCGUCGGAAGGGACGGAUUUGAUGGUCCCUUACCGACACCUUUGAAGACUGAUGCGUACGUCUGUACAUUUUAA